UUUGCAUGGCCAGGCACCUUGGCUGCAGUAGGGGCACGGGGGCCAUUGGGCCCUGCUCGUGUGGGAGCUCUGUUUGGCCAGCCCCUGGCAGAUCUGUGCAGCCAGGAUGGCAUGCUGCCUCAGCCCAUCCAGGACCUGCUGGCUCUGCUCAAGGAGCAUGGCUCAUCCACAGAGGGGAUCUUCUGGCUGGCAGUCAGCCAGCGCGCCUGCCGUGAGGUCAGGGACGCCCUGGACAGCAGGGUGCCGGUGCAGCUGGCAAACCAGCCUGUGCUGCUGCUGGCUGUCCUCUUGAAGGACCUCCUUCGGAAUAUCCCCUCCAAGCUCCUCAGUGUCCAGCUGUUUGAGGAGUGGAUGAAUGCUAUGGAGAAGACCUGCAGGCAGGAGAGGCUGGCAGCACUGAAAGAGAUGGCCAGCAAGUUACCGGGGGCCAACCUGCUCCUGCUCCGGCACUUGCUGUCGCUGCUUAGCAGCAUCAGCAGGAACGUGGCCACAACCAAGAUGACGGCUGGAAACCUGGCCAUCUGCCUGGCAACUAACCUCCUGAGCCCACCCCAGGAGGUGCCCCUGGAUGUCCUGGCUCUGGAGACAGGGAAGGUGACAAAGCUUGUUGAGUUCCUCAUCGACCACCAUGAGGAGCUCCUUGGAGAGCAGGUGGCCGGGUUGGCCAGCAAGGGAGACGAGGAGACACCAGCACCACAAGCAGAGCUGGAAACAGCAGAGGUGCCUCCCAUCGCUCCUGAGAGAGAGCAGCAGAGGAGCUUUUCUGGGGAGAAAAGGUUCCCUGGCUCUUCGCGGAACACCAGGAAGCAAAGAGCAACCUGGGAAGAGGGCAGCGACGGGCCACCAUCCCAGAAGAAGAGCAAAACUGAGCUCUCAGGGAUGGGCAACUGACGAAAUUCAAGCAGGGGAAGAACGAGUCACCCAGGUGUGUAGCAGAGCCUGUGUUCCAUCUUUUUGCCAAGCUCUGAGUAUAGGAAACAUUCCUGAGGUGCACAGGAUGGUCCUGCCUCGAGGAACAUGUAUGUUAGGAGGAACAUGCUACCCCAGCAUUGCCUGCCAACCUGUGGUUUUUGUAUGACAAAGUGAGGGAUGCUGCUGCUUGGGUUUUGGAAAGCACCAUAUCUCAGCUUCCCAGGCUCCCUGCCGAGUCCUGCUGCCUGGCAAGGGGGCACUGCACCUCUCUGUCAAUGUCCCAUGCUCUGAGGGUAUCACAUGUGUUGAGAAGGGACCAAAGCAACACUGUAGUUGCCAGAAAGGGGCCUCUCUCCUGUGCUAGCAAUGACCCUUUUUACAGCAUAGCUCUGAAAAACCCAGGAGCCAAGUCCUGCCUGCUCCUGCCCUCAUGGCUUCAUCAGCGCUUUCUGACUCUGCCCUUGUAGGU